AUGCAUCGUACCGUGAUUCGGAGACCUUCAGCCAUCUCCAGCAUUACCAGGCGAGCGGCCUUCCACUCCCGCCCAAUACUGGAGGAGAAGACACACGACCCCCGACUGGAAGAAGCCUCUACGGACCACCUCAUCCGGGACGAGUUUGCGAUCCUGCGCCCAAAAUACCAAGUUCCGAAGAAUCCGAUCAUCCUCGCGCAUGGUCUUCUCGGCUUCGAAGAACUACGCCUUGCCGGUCACUUUCUCCCGGGCAUUCAGUACUGGUAUGGUAUAACGACAGCGCUGGCCGAGCGAGGCGUCGAAGUGAUCACGGCUUCCGUGCCUCCUAGUGGUAGUCUUGAGAAGCGUGCUGCGAGACUAGCUGAGACCAUUGAGCGUAAAGCACAUGGUAAAGCGGUGAAUAUUAUUGGUGGGCUCGAUUCCCGCUACAUGAUCUCACAGCUUAAACCUCCAAACGUCAAAGUCCUCUCUUUAACCACCGUAGCCUCGCCACACAGAGGCUCAGCCUUCGCAGACUACCUCUUCAAAUGGAUCGGCGUAACAAACACCCCACGCAUCUACAAAGCGCUCGAGUACUUUGGCUUCGAGACCGGAGCCUUCGAGCAAUUGACCAUGGAGUAUAUGACCAAGUCGUUCAAUCCUCGCACGCCUGAUGUGGAGGGGAUAAGGUAUUUCAGUUACGGCGCCUCGUUACGACCGCAAUUUACGUCCGUGUUCCGCCAGAGUCAUCGUAUCAUCAAUAGGGAGGAGGGACCGAAUGAUGGUCUUGUUAGCGUGGCGAGUGCUCAUUGGGGCACAUAUAAAGGCACACUUGAUAAUGUUAGUCAUUUGGACCUGAUCAAUUGGACGAACAGGCUAAGGUGGUAUAUCUUUGGCUUGACGGGUCAUCCGAGAACGUUCAACGCGAUCGCCUUCUACCUGGACAUAGCGGAUAUGCUUGCUAAAGAAGGCCUAUAG